UCCUGCAAGAUAAUAAAAAUAAAUAGUUUAAAAACAAAACAUUCGAACGAUCAACAAUAUACUAUAAAAUGUUUCGUGAUGGUCAAUAUUUAGAAGUAAUUAAGGCUUCAGAUAAUUGUUUAGUUACGGCUGUUGUUACUGUUCAAGAAAAAAUUAUAAAAAUCAAAGAGAAAAAGGUUUCAACUAAUAAAUGGCUUGAUCUUGAGGAUUGGGCGGCAUUAUAUAAAAUUUUGGAGAAGGCAAUUUUACGCAAUGUUCAAACGGAAGGGUCGCUUCACAACUUCAAAAAAUGUAAAUGGAAAAAAUCUACUCGACAAUUAGAAGUCACAUAUACGUUUGAGCCAUCAGAAAAUGUAAAAAAUGUUACAUCAUUGCCUACAAUUAGAGUAAAUGUGUCUCCUGCAAAAAGAAAAUUGGAAAAAUCAGAAUUAGUCAAAUUAACAUUAGAAAAAAAAGACAUUUGGAAGGAAAUGACAGAAAAAACACCUAAAAAAGCUUCUAAUCAUAUAUAUCAGAAAAAUAGUAGCAAUAUUUCAUCAAAAAAAUCAGAAAACAAUGAUUUAGUAAUGAAGGUAUCAAUUAAUACGAAAAAUGAUAAGGUUAAAAGAUAUCUACCAAUUGAUAGUUCAGAAGAUGAUACGUUGGAGGAAUAUGUACCAAAUGCACCUGUGACAAAAAAGUUAUGCACGAACUUGAACUAUAUACCAAGUAGAAAGAGCACAUUGGAACAAAUUUCAGUAUUUUCAAAUGAAUAUUCUCCUAUGGUAUCAGAUUCAAAAAACAUAGCAGAAGUAGUUCGAUAUGUCCCAAAUUCACUGGAUUCAUUGAAAAUAUCUUAUGAAACAUACGAACCUAGUACUACAACUAUUGCAAACCAUCCUGAAGAAUAUAUUCCCAAUUCAAAAGGGGUCAAAGCAUCUGUUGAAGAAUAUUAUCCAGACUUUACUAGUAAAACAAUGAAAUUUGAUAAUAGUUAUGUGCCGUCAAGUGUUCAAUUAACUAAAGAAAAUUCGAAAAAGUUAUUGGAAAGAUAUAAAAUACCACAAACAGAAAAACACAUGUUAAGACAAAAAGAAACAUUAAUAAAGUAA